AUGGCGUGUGGCGUGUUUUGUGUUCGAUUUGCCCAACUACGAAAAACAAACGGUGCAUGGAGAUUUUUAACUGAGUUGACGUAUUUGUCAAAGGUCACGCCUGUCAUUUAUAAAGGCCACAGCACUGAGAUGUUAGCAGAACAAAAACUGUACAAGAGAUUAUUCCAUGAUUAUAACAAGAAAGUGCGACCUGUUUGGAACGCCUCUCAUCCAAUCAAUGUCAGUCUGUCCAUUUCAAUUACGCAGCUUAUGGACCUGGAUGAAAGAAAUCAGGCACUGACAACCAAUGUGUGGAUCGCUCAGCAUUGGAAGGAUGAGAAAUUACGCUGGAACGCAAACGAAUUUGAUGAUAUACAAGUCUUACGAAUCCCGGCCGUGGACAUUUGGUUUCCAGAUAUAACUUUAUACAAUACAGCUGAUGAAAACGGUUUCAGUGUGAACCUGGAAUCCAACGCACUAGUUUACAGCAAUGGUCAAGUAUCACACUGGUCCAAACCGACCCUUCUGAAAAGCACAUGCAAAAUUAUCGUCCGAUAUUUCCCUUUUGAUUACCAGCAAUGCCGCAUGAAGUUUGGCUCGUGGACUUACAACAGUUUUCAAGUAAACUUACAAAACGAUUCCAUUGCACCCGAUAUGUCGACGUUCAUGCCCAACGAACAGUGGGACAUAGUUUACGCCGUCACCCGACCUCACGUAGUACGCUACGACUGCUGCCCGGAGUCAUACCCGGAUGUGACGUUUGUGAUUGGUCUGAAAAGAAAACCUUUGUAUUACGUCUACAACGUAGUGUUGCCGUGUGUGCUACUCACUGCUUUGUCAUUGGUUGGUUUCAAUAUGCCGUUCAACAUAGGUGUAGUCAAAGUGUCCCUCGGUGUGAUGUUGCUACUGUCGCUGGGAGUGUUUAAUCUGCAAGUGUCGCAAACGAUGCCAAAAACCUCUGAAGAAAUUUCUCUGCUAGAUUGUUGCCAAGAUUCAGAUAUUGUUGCUAUAGGAACAGCAAUUUUGGAUUUUUUUAUUUACAAGUCAGCAAGAUAUGUACAGAUUAUCAAGAAAUUUCAGAAGUGCUCGUUUUUGAUACGAUUAGACUUUGGUAGAAAUUCAGAUAUGGUUGCCAUGGAAACAGCAAUAGCCAAUCCAUUGAAUAUUGUUAGAGACGUAGAUUACAAUGGGAACAUCCAAUAA